AUGAGGUGUGCGGUGGGAAAUCGCUUCCUGCUCCCGGAAGCGGUUGCUGGGAGGGUUCGGAGCCCUGGUAACGGAGUCAAUGGCGUCCGAUCCGCUCCCAGUGCUUCCCCUGGCGCCUCAGCAAUUCAAACCGAUCCAGCAUUACCUGCGCACCGCCCAGGAACAUGACAAACGCGAUCCGGUGGUGGCUUAUUUCUGUCGCCUAUAUGCUAUGCAGACUGGAAUGAAGAUUGAUAGCAAAACACCAGAAUGCCAUAAGUUCUUGGUGAAACUAAUGGAUCAGCUAGAGACUAUGAAGAAGCAGUUGGGUGACAAUGAAUCCAUUACACAGGAUGUGGUGGGCAAUGCCCACAUCGAGAACUAUGCCUAUAAGAUGUUUCUGUAUGCAGAUACUGAAGAUCGUGCAGGAAGAUUUCACAAAAACAUGAUCAAAUCAUUCUACACCGCCAGCCUGUUAUACGAUGUCCUUACUGUGUUUGGAGAGCUCACGGAAGAGAAUGUUCAACACAGGAAAUAUGCAAAAUGGAAGGCAGCGUAUAUCCACAACUGCUUGAAAAAUGGUGAAACUCCACAGUCUGGACCUGUAGGGAUGGAAGACGAAAUACUUGAAAACGAGAGUAAACAUGAUGAUUCACAGUCACCAAUCUUGAAUAAACCCACUGAAUCCAUGCCAGCUGCAGACCUCUCCAGCAUACACAUGCAUCCUGGUGAUCACCCUCCAUCAAAUUUCUCAACCAUUCAGAUCCCUCCUGGCGCACAUGCUCCAGCCAACACUCCAGCCGAAGUGCCAGGCAGCUCAGUAUUGCAGAAUACUCCAACAAUACAGCCAGUGCCACAGAAUAUACCAAUAAUUGACCCAUCGUUGUACAGCGUAAAGCCUCAGGCGGAGGUGCGCCUGACCCCAGAAGACUAUGCCAGGGCUCAGAAGUACUGCAAAUAUGCGGGCAGCGCCCUCCAGUACGAAGAUGUGGGGACCGCCGUGCAGAAUCUCCAAAAGGCCCUCAAGUUGCUCACCACAGGGAGGGAAUGAGACCCUGCCCAACUGUACCGACACAUAAUUUACGUACUCUCCACUGGCACAAAGAACUAACCAGUACGUGGCUCCACUCCACCCUUGCAUAACUAAAGAGCCUUUUGUUUCCCCAUUGGUACCACACUUUGAUCAACAGGUCAUGAUGCAUUUUUUUAUCCUGAUGGAAGGAUUGAAUAUGCCUUCAGUGCCAGUUGUGAAUGUUAAUGGCUUGGUUUUAAUCCCUAAGGACCUUUUUUUAAUGGCACUUGCAAUGGCAACACUAAAGAAUAAUGAAUCAGGAUCUUAAAUUCUGCUGCUUUUUGUUUUGCAAUGUAACUGUCCCGUAUAUGGACGUUACAAUAAUUUAAUGCAAGUCUAGUAUUCCCUUUCAUAGCACUGAGGAGGUUAAGUGUAUCCUGUCCUAUUUGGCUGAUUCCAAUAGCAAAGCAUAAUUCACACAUCAACGCCUCUUCCCUUCUCUUUCCCAUCUUUCUGACACCUUGUCCAGGAUGGUCCAUAGCUGUAUGUUAUGUAAGUCAGCUUGACUGUUGAAUCCAGCUCGCUUCUGAGACCUCAGAUGACCUGAGACUUAUACAAAUGCAAAAAGUGUCACCUCAGACAACAGUGGAAAGCCAAGUUCUUCCAAGCACAUUUGAAAGAAGGGUGGUGGGUAUCUUAAUUUUGUGCGCAGUCUUUUUCAAAGCAUAUCUUAAAUGUUAUUUGCACAGACAGCCAAACCUCACGGUGCCAGUCGGCAGUACCUUCCACUGUCUUUUGAAACCCAAUUUGAAUGUUUAACCAAAUAUCCAUUCAGAGGAGCAAUGUAGCCUUGGAGCUAAUAUAACCAGUUGCCAGAGGAGUUGUUCAGCAUGCAUGGAGAAGUGUCACUAAGCAUGAUGUCUUGUAAUAAAUAAAUAUGUAUCAGACUGUUUCUCUUUUUCUCUGGGAUGUAUGGUGAGAUAACUUGCACUAUCUAUUAAGAGAGUGAAGUGUGUGUGAAUGUGUGUGUGUGUCUAACAAUAAACAUUACCAUUCAUUAAUUGUUUGCAAAGUAAAGUAAGCUUACUGCAACUAGAGUCAGUACAUAAUAGGUUUAACAUUAUACAGUUGUACUUGAUUUGAGCUUGACAAAGAAAUGUAGUAAAGCAAAAGAAUCACUGCACCUUUGGAGGUAUUUCUCAAACCAAGCAAAGCCCAUCAUCAGUGAGCGCAUCCACUUCCCAUUAGCAACAAGAUUCUAUGGAUCCGAUUUGCGACUGUUGUGAAGUGCUUCCACUUUUUGUUAUUUGUACUGAUCAAACCAGAACAGAAAUAAAAUGUGUGUUGGACUUGUCACUUUAUUGCACAGGACUGUCCGUGACAAUGAGGCAUUCACUCUUCAGUGCACAUUGUGACUGUGUUGCUCAUCUUUCAUGUUUGUAAUAUCUGUCUCGAAUAAAAUUAAUCGAGUCUCCAGCCUAA